AACUUUAUAAUUAUUAACAAGGGGGUUAACAUACAAAUCCGGUCACAUACUCAAACCCCCCUUUAUAUUUAAUUCUUUUUCUGCAUCCGUCAAUUCAAAAUCAUAUCCCAUUAGUAAACCCUAACCCUAGCUAGCUCUUCACAGUUCGUAUCGUUCCCGUUAAACCCCUCAAAUUGUCACAAAUCUUCGAUUCAAGAAGCAAAAACUCAUCUCCAAUGGGCUCCAAGCGACCUGACUUCGGUGACGGCGCUAGCCCCGGGAAGAUUUUUAUCGGUGGUUUAGCGAAGGAUACUACCAUAGAUACAUUUGUUAAGUACUUUGGAAAGUAUGGAGACCUUACGGACUCGGUUAUUAUGAAGGAUCGACAGACCGGUCGGCCGAGGGGCUUCGGGUUUGUUACGUAUGCGGAUCCUUCGGUUGUUGACACUGUUAUUGCUGAGACACAUGUUAUUAAUGGGAAACAAGUUGAGAUCAAGAGAACUAUUCCAAAAGGUUCUGGUGAGCGUGAGCCGAAGGAUUUCAAAACAAAAAAGAUUUUCGUUGGUGGGAUUCCUACAUCAGUUACUGAAGAUGAGUUUAAAGCUUUCUUCUCAAAAUAUGGGAAUGUGGUUGAGCAUGAGAUUAUCCGAGAUCAUGCAACAAAGCGUUCCAGAGGAUUUGGAUUUAUCGUAUUUGAUAGCGAAAAAGUUGUUGAUACCAUUCUCGUUGAUGGAAAUAUGAUUGAUAUGAACGGUACAAAAAUUGAGAUCAAGAAGGCUGAACCAAAAACAAAAAAUCCCCCACCCGUUUCAUACGGUGGGGAACCUAGAGGACGUGGGUAUGGUGACAGUUAUGGUGGAUAUGGUGAUUCUUAUGGCGGUGGGUAUGGUGGUGAUGGUGGCGGGUAUGGUCCCCCUCCUUACAGGUCACUCGGAGGACUUUCAAGUAGAUAUGGUGAUUACGGUGGGUAUGGACCCAGUGGGGGUGAAUUCAGCAGCCGUUAUGCUGAUUAUGGAGGUGAUUACGGUGGCUACAGAGGUGGUGAGCCUCCACUUGGCGGCUAUUCUAGUCGUUUCAGCUCUUUUGGCGGCGGUGGUGGUGGGUUUGGUGGAGGGUAUGGAGGGAGUGGGAUUGGUGGAUCGUAUGGGCGUGGCGGAGGAGGUGGAGGUUAUGGGGGUUAUAGCGGUUAUGGCGGUCCAGGAGGAGGUGGUGGUGGUGGUGGUUAUGAGCCUGGUGCUGGUUCAGGGUAUGGUGGACCAGGAGGACCGUAUGGAGGCAGGGCUGGUUAUGGUGGCGGCGGCGGUGGUGGGCGUUAUCAUCCAUAUGGCAGGUAGGAGCUUUCUAAAAUUUUAACCCCAUAUGGGCUCCUGGUGCUGUUUUUUUAGCUUCAUUGAAAUAGAAUGACUUAAGUUAUGGAUGGCCUGUGGAUGUGUAAUUUCUGUAUGAGAUUAUCUUACUUAUGUUAGAUGUUUGUUGAUUCUUUUUUUUGAUUGACGCUUGUGACUCGUGUCUUUUGAUGUUGCGGUUAGUUCACUGUAACGUUUUAUCAUUGCUAAACGGGCUGAUAAUUUGGAUCGUGGUUUUCCUUUGCA